AUGGAUGGAGGCUGGCUUUGCUUUAACGCCUCAAUACACGUACCCGGAGGUGUUUUCAUUCGUGUUUCUACUGCAACCUGCUGUUCCUUCAUUUCCAUUUCAAACAUCAGCAAACCUGCCUUCCUGACUUCCAACUUUGGAUCACAUCAAAGCAACACGCUUGUUAGGCGCUGGGACUGGUCGCGCAAGGGGCAAAGGCUUGAUAAGGCGCUUUCACGACGCACCAAAAGAAUUCAUUCAAAUUUUCUGCCCUCCAACUUGAAUAACUUUCAAACUUUUGCCAGUCAAACUCCAUUGCUUUCUAACUCAACGUCAAUAUCACACGUCGGACGCAAGCAAGAAUCUUCUACCAACGGAUCUGAAGUCUUGGACUUUGGCGCCCGAUUUGUUUUCGCUGAGAGGAACAUCACCUGCUACUUCUCAUCACAACACCUCUUGAUUUCAUCAUGGCUUCCCCGGAACCACCUCGGUUCGCUGUCUCUGGGGCCCACCAACUCGACGAUGUGGGAAAGAGGAUUUUCGACAGCCUCAUUGCUUAAGAGAGUCUUUGCUAGUGGCUGGGCCACUGACAAGCCCAAUGUUUUGGAGCCUAGGUCGAAUAUGCAGGGAGAAUUUCCUCGCCGCAUGAUCAAGCACGCCAUUGUUAGCGAGUUAUCAGAUACCAUAGAGUAUAACGAAACAAAGUCCACGUAUCAGAGCACUGCUAUUCUCGUGGCAGCCAAACCGGAUAUCCAGAACGACUUAGAUCCCCUCUCUUAG